AUGGCGCAAGGAUUUCUAAAUUUUCGUCGUGAGUGUGUGUCGAUUCACAUCGGACAAGCUGGAAUACAAUUAGGAAGUUCGUGUUGGGAACUUUAUCUCUUGGAGCAUGGAAUUAAUUUUGAUGGAUCGGCAUCCGAGAAUAAAAAUAUUCCUACAGAAUUAGAAAAUGAUACGUUUUUUCAAAGGUUACAAAAUGAUAAAAUGGUUCCCCGUGCAGUUUUUAUUGACCUCGAACCGACAGUAAUAGACACUAUUCGUAGUGGUAUUUUUAAAAGCCUCUAUCAUCCAACUUCUAUGAUCAAUGGAAGCGAGGAUGCGGCGAAUAAUUUCGCCAGGGGAUAUUAUUCAAUUGGCAAGAGUAUUGUUGAAAAAUCCAUAGAACGAUUGAGAAAAAUUUCCGAACAAUGUGACAGUUUACAAGGCUUUCUAAUCACACACUCCAUUGGAGGAGGAACUGGCUCAGGAUUCACAUCUCUUUUAAUGGAAAAUCUAUCGAUGCAUUUCGAAAAAAGAAGUAAACUUCAAAUAGCAAUUUAUCCGGCACCACAAGUUUCAACUGCAAUUGUCGAACCUUAUAAUACAAUUUUAAAUACUCACACAACAAUGAGUGUGGCUGAUACGACAUUAAUAGUUGACAAUGAAGCAAUUUACGAUAUCUGUCAUAAAAAUUUAAAAGUAGACCGUCCAACUUACACAAAUCUUAAUCGUCUGAUAAGCCAAGUUGUAUCCUCAAUAACAGCUUCACUUCGAUUUAAUGGCGCUCUCAACGUUGAUCUCAUUGAAUUUAAAACAAAUCUCGUUCCAUUUCCACGUAUUCGUUUUCCAUUAAUUGCCUAUUCGCCAAUUGUACCGGAAAAUUCAGUACACAAUGAUUUUAAUGUUGCCGAAAUUACCACCGCCUGCUUUGAACCUUGCAAUCAAUUUGUCAAAUGUAAUCCACGUCAAGGGAAAUACAUGGCUUGUUGUAUGCUCUAUCGUGGAGAUGUUGUUCCCAAAGAUAUUAAUCACGCCAUUGUUGCUAUGAAGAAAAAAAAAUUUAUCCAGUUUGUUGAUUGGUGUCCCACGGGUUUUAAAAUUGGAAUUAACAGUCAAUCUCCAAUAGUGACUUCUUCAUCGGAUGCGUUAAAAACACCUCGUGCUUGUUGCAUGUUGUCCAAUACGACCGCAAUUGAAACGGCUUGGAGGCAAGUUAACACGAAAUUCGAUCUUCUUUUUUCGAAAAGGGCUUUUCUUCAUUGGUACGAAGGUGAGGGUAUGGAAGAAGCUGAGUUCGCCGAGGCCAGGGAAGAUCUAGCAGUUCUUGAAAGGGACUAUCAAGAAAUCGAGGAAAGCUAAAAAGAACUUGGAAAAAUUCUUGAAUUUCUAUUUAAAUUGAAUUAUUUAACGUUUUGUAUACAAACCAGUCGUGUACUUUUUUGUAGUAUUUUUUUCUAUUUUUGUAGUAUUUUUUCUUUUUUCUAGUAUUUUUUUUAUUAAAAAAAUAUAUAUUUAU